AUGGAAAUCGCAGAAAUGCUCGAGCGUAAAAGGAUUAACAUCUGCUGCCUUCAGGAAAUCCGAUGGAAAUCGAAUGGUGUCUGUCAUGUCAACUCAGACAAAGAAAAAUAUAAACUAUUCUGGAAUGGCCAAAAGACGGCCAAAAAUGGUGUUGGAAUAUUUGUCAGAGAACCGCUAGCCCAAGAAGUACUGGAUAUUAAAAGCAUUAAUUCACGUCUCAUAUGGAUCAAGCUGCGCCUAGAAAAGCUGUACACUUUCAACAAAACACGACGCAAAUACACAUUUUGUAUGCACGCGCAAGCACCGCAUCAUACGGGUAUGGUCUUUGAGUUUCGGACAGACAGUAUUCGAACCAUGCCAUCGCGUGAUAGCAGCGCGAGACAUGGCACUUCUGCUGACUGA